AUGGCUGAAUUCGUGAACCGACCCCGUUCCGAGCUCGCGGAAUUCGAAAUCGCAAAGCUUGAAGAAUACGAAUUCGCAAACGGCCCGCUCUCGGUCCUGCAAGCUGCUGUCAAGAACAAAUCACAGGUCCUGAUCUCGUGCCGGAACAACAAGAAACUGCUGGCGCGCGUGAAGGCGUUUGAUCGGCAUUCAAACAUGGUGCUUGAGAAUGUGAAGGAGAUGUGGACCGAGACCCCGCGGACAUCAAAAGGCAAGAAGGGCCGACCGGUCAACAAAGAUAGAUUCAUAAGUAAGAUGUUUCUGCGAGGAGACUCGGUGAUUCUGGUGUUGCGGAGCACUGUCUAG